AUCUUGAACAAUCCGUGAGUUUAGCAGUGGAACAGCGGCUACUCUACAGACAUGCGUCAGAGUGUAAACACUGCACGGUCUGUUCGAUUAUCAGCAAACCUGCUAUAAAUGGAUAUUUAAGCAGAAGAUUUUUUUGUGCACAUUAAACGGGAACCAUGAGCACCGUGUUGUGCUGUGUUUUGGUGUUAUUAAUCUCAGUGGCUCUUUGCAUGGACUUUGAAGAGAGACCCAGCAGCUCCUGGAGGAGUGAGCAAACCAUGUUUCUAAAGAGUCACAAAUCACGAAAUCUGCUCAGUUUGAGAGAUUUACAGCAGCCGGACCAUGGCAAGAUGAAAAGAAGUGAAGAAUCCGCACAAAAUCAAUGUGAAUCAUUGCACGGCUAUCAAUCUACAUUACAAAACGACACUCACACGCAUAACUUCAAUGACCUGAGUGGUUCAGUGUCUUUGGCCUGGGUUGGAGAUGGAACAGGGGUCCUGCUGGUUUUGACCACAUUCCAGGUCCCUCUUUUCAUCAUGCGCUUUGGUCAGUCCAAACUCUACAGAAGUGAAGACUAUGGAAAGACAUUUCAGGACAUCACGGACCUCAUUAACAACACCUUCAUACAGACAGAGUUCGGCAUCGCAAUUGGCCCUGACAAUUCCGGCAAGGUGAUCCUCACAGGGGAUUUGGCUGAGGAGAAAGUCACCAAAAUCUUCCGCUCGGUUGAUUUCGGCAAAAGCUUUGUGACCUCUGAGCUUCCCUUCCAUCCGUUAAUGCAGAUCACUUACAAUCCCAAAGACAGCAACAUACUCAUGGUCUACAGCAUCAAUUAUGACUUAUGGCUGUCGAAGGACUUUGGAGCCAACUGGAAGAAGAUCCAUGAGAGUGUUUGUCUAGUAAAAUGGGGAAUUGAUGACACCAUUUUCCUAACCACAAACCCCAAUGGAUCCUGCAGUGACCGGGGGACUCUGGAAUUGAGGAAAUCAUUAGACUAUGGCAAAACAUUCAAAACUAUAGGAAACAGGAUUUAUUCUUUUGGCCUGGGUGGACGCUUUGUUUUUGCAUCCAUCAUGACAGAUUCGGGUUCCACACGGAUGAUUCAUGUGUCUGUGGAUCAGGGGGAGACGUGGGAUAUGGCUCAGCUGCCCACCGUUGGCCAUGAACAGUUCUACUCCAUUUUAGCUGCAAACAAUGAUAUGGUCUUCAUGCAUGUAGAUGAACCUGGAGACUCUGGCAUUGGUACCAUAUACAUAUCAGAUGAUCGAGGUAUAGUGUUUUCCAAGUCUCUGGAGCGUCAUUUGUACACCACUACAGGCGGCGACACCGACUUCACCAACAUCACCUCUCUGAGAGGCGUCUAUAUAACCAGCGUCCUUGCCGAGGACGGCUCAGUGCGGACGGUGAUCACGUUUAAUCAGGGUGGAGAAUGGAGGCCUCUGAUGAAGCCCUGGAAUGGAGUGUGUGACUCCACCGCCAAACAUCCCAGUGAGUGUAGUCUGCAUAUUCACGCCUCCUACAGCAUCUCUAUGAAACUGAAUGUGCCUAUGCAGCCUCUCUCCGAGACCAACGCCGUGGGACUCGUCCUGGCACACGGCAGUGUCGGAGGAGCCGUCUCUGUGCUUUCUCCAGACGUGUACGUGUCAGAUGACGGAGGCUACACGUGGUUCCAGGCGCUGAAAGGCCCCCAUCACUACGCCAUCCUGGAUUCAGGAGGACUGCUGGUGGCGGUGGAGCACAACCCCACACACCCCAUAUCACAGAUCAAAUUUUCCACUGACGAAGGCCAGUGUUGGCAUACGCAUAACUUCACUGAUGAUCCAAUAUACUUCACUGGCCUGGCAUCAGAACCUGGUGCCCGAUCCAUGAAUGUCAGCUUGUGGGGCUACAGGGACACCAUCCUGAAUCAAUACUGGGUUUCUGUCACUGUCGACUUCAGACAGCUGCUCUCUAGAGACUGCCAGGAGAAUGACUACAUCCAGUGGCUCGCUCACUCAAGCGAUAUCAACAGCCCCACGGAUGGAUGCGUGCUGGGAUACAAGGAAAGGUUUUUACGGUUGCGAAGGGAUUCGGUCUGCUGGAAUGGACGGGAUUAUAAGGUCACCAAGGAGCCCACCACAUGUCCCUGCACUCUGACGGACUUUCAGUGUGAUUUUGGGUUCUACCAUGAGGAAAACAGCUCAGUGUGUGUGGAGCAGCCUGACCUUAUUGGCCAUUCACUGGAGUUCUGUCUGCAUGGACGCAAAGAGCAGCUUCAAACCAGCGGUUACCGGAAAAUACCCGGUGAUCACUGUGAGGAAGGAAUAACUCCAGAACGGAAAGAGAUCGACCUGAGUAAGAAAUGUGUCAGUAAUCUGCUGAGGACAGAGCAACUGACAAAGGAACACUCAUUCAAUUCAGCUCCUAUAAUCGCCGUGGUCAUCAUUGUUCUGUUGAUCAGUGCUGUUGCUGGGGUCAUUUUCAUCAAAAAAUACGUCUGUGGAGGAAGAUUCCUGGUGCACAGAUACUCCGUAUUACAGCAGCAUGCAGAAGCAAAUGGUAUAGAUGGUUUGGAUGACCUGGACACACUGGAGGGGGGCAAAACGCACUAUCAUGAUGAUUCAGAUGAGGACCUUUUGGAGUGACACAUGGAUCAUCAUAAGACUGUAUCAAACGAGAGAAACCACAAUGCCUACCCUUCCCAUGAUGUUUGUGUGUGUGUGAAUUUACAAUUACACACAUACCAGAUUUUGCCACACACUCUUCUGCCCAGCCCAGUUGAGGACAGUUUUCCAGCAAUUCAAGCAGGGUUUGACUACAAGGACAGAAACAAAAAAACAUAUUCCCAGAACAGGUUGCUGAUCCACUGCUGAAAGAGUCUUUUUAUAUUGUUUCACACUAUAUAUUUGUAUUUGAGAUGCACAAACUAAUGUUGUUGCUGUGUAUUUCACAUUUAUGAGCUGACACGUAAAAUGAAAACAUGUGGCUGAAAAGUGUAGUUUAUCCAAAAAAGACAUGUCAUCGGUUACUUAUCCUCCACUUGUUCCAAACAUCCUCCACUUGUUGUUGAGUUUCUUUCCUAUAGAUAUUUUUAAGAAGGAUAGAAACCAGAAGACAUUAACACUCAUAGUAUUUGUUUUUCUUACUAUGGAUGUCAAUGGUUACCGGUUUCCAAAAUUCUUCAAAAUAUCUUCUUUUGUAUUAAACAAAAAAAUGAGUCUCAUAAAGAUUCUCUCAUUUAGAUAUUUUCAAGAAAGAUAAAAGCCAGAACACAUUGACUCCCAUAGUAUUUUUUUACUAUUAUAGAUGUCAAUAGUUACCGGUUUCCAACAUUCUCCAAAUAUAUUUGAAAAAAAAAAAAAAAAAAACGAAUCCCAUAAAGAUUGUUUCAUGUAGAUAUUUUCAAAAAGGAUGCAAACUGGAAGACACUGACUCCCAUGGUAUUUGCUUUUCCUACUAUGGAAGUCAAUGGUUACUGGUUUCCAAAAUUCUUCAAAAUAUCUUCUUUUGUAUUCAAUAGAAAAAACAAAUCCCAUAAAAAAUUCUUUCAUAUAGAUAAUUUUAAGAGGGAUCGAAACUGGAAGACACUAACUGCCUUAUUAUUUGUUUUUCCAACUAUGGAAGUCAAUGGUUACCCGUUUCCAACAUUCUUCACAAUAUCUUAUUUUGUGUUCAACAAUAAAAUUAAUCCCAUAAAGAUUCUUUCAUUUAGAUAUUUUCAACAAGGAUGUAAACUGGAAGACACUGACUCUCAUAGUAUUUGUUUUUCCUACUAUGGAUGUCAGUGGUUACCGGUUUCCAUCAUUUUUCAAAAUAUCUUCUUUUGUGUUUAACAGAAAAAAAAACGAAUCCUAUAAAAAUCUGAAACCACUUGAGGAUGAGUAAAUGAUGGAUAAAUGUUCAUUUUUGGUUGACCUAUCCCCUUAACUACAGUAAGUUGUGUUUUGCAAGCCAUCCUAAUUGAAGUAUGAUUUAAAAGAGGAAAAGAGAGAGUGGUUCAAAUUGAUUCAAGUGCUUUUUUCUUUCAUGCAUCAGGUAUUUAUACUUCACCAAAGGAUUUUCUUUUCUUUAUUUUGCAUAUUAGGAAACCGGGUUGAAGUCUGCUUAGUAGCACACUAUGCACUUGGCAUAUCUUGUAUGCACAAAUAAUUCUUCUAUUUCAGUAUUACCGAAGCUGAUUUUUGUUUGGUACAUAGUCUCGUGAUGCAAGAAAGGAUUGGAGAAAUGGCACAUUGCGUGGUUUUCAAUCAUAAUAAUAGUAUUUCGCACCUUAUAAUGGAGAAUAAGUGAGUGAAUUAAACAUAACAGCAGUGCAGGGCCAGUCUCAAUAGUUGUAUAUUCAAUACGGACAAAAUGUUUAAUGUUAACUCUGACAUUAAAUGUGUUUUUUCAGAAAAGGAGUUCAUCCUUCAUUGGGAUGUCGAUAGUAUUACACACCUCUAAAUAUCAGCCUAAUCAAAUAUGAAAGUGUAUAUUUUUAGACUGUAUUGGUUGGCGAUUCAUAAAUAAGCUAAUGUGUAGUCAGUAAUCUGAUUCGAGUGCAUUUUCUUCCUUUUUUUUUUUUUGUUGCACAGAUAAUAAAUAGAUACCUCAGGGGUUAUAGUUGACAGUGGACCACACAUUUCAUUGAUGGGUUUGCAUGUUGAAUAAAGGGUCCUCGAGUUUCAGAUGGACUUUCUGAAGUCAAAGUGUAAAAUGCUGUACCAUUAAAUGUGACUGCCAAGAAUAAUAAUUAAAAAAAACAAUCUUCUUGAA